UCGAAUAGACGUACAAAGCAUCUUACCCGGACGUCGCAAGUGUUAUUGCGUUACUAUAAAAAGCUGAAACUGUCGAAAUUCGCCGAAGUUGUUGUUACAACUUUUGAAAUGCGCGCGUCAAAGUAGGGACAUCUUUUCGUCGACUUCUGCCUCGGUUUCUCAAAUUGGAAUUACGUAAAAGAAUAGAUUCAUUCUGACCCCGGUUCAACACUCGGACAGCUCAUCUUUCUUCUUUUAUGGGCACUCUCCAUCAUCGACGCAAUAAAGGUGGACAGGGUCAUCGCAAUCUCGUGAUAGGAAACUGCCAAGAAACGAGAAAGAAAUCACAAAAACAGAAAAUAGAUAGUUUCCAAGAAAUGACAAAAGCUAUAUAGCGAUAAUAUCCUUGUCGAGAUGUGAUUGGAUCGAGGACCCGUGGGAAUCCAAAUAAAUACAUACAGCCGUUCACGCUGUCGGCCGUUCUUUAUAGGAUUCACAACACAACCCAAAAAAUUCAGCGGAUGUGUUGGACAUAUUACAGACCUGUCAGAGACUUCAAAUGAUUUCAACUUCAUGUUACAUGUUCCAAUUUAUUUAGAAGCUCUUUUUGGAAGCCCAAAUAAGAAAGAGGACAUCAAAAGCUCAGCUAUGAUGUUCCCGCGUGAAAUAUCGAACGAAUCAACGGUAGUGACUUCUCAUUACCAACGGCUGGAACAGGACAGCAGAGAGCUGGACAAUGAGCAGCCGGACGAUUACAUCCCUUACGACCAGCGUUUGGAGCCGUACAUUGUUCCAGUUCUCUUCGGCCUCAUCUUUCUGUUGGGCGUCAUCGGCAACGGUUGCCUCAUUUCCAUACUUUGUUGUCAGAAAUCCAUGCGCAACCUGCCCAACAUGUUCAUCUUCAAUCUGGCCCUCGGCGACCUUCUCGUCCUACUGUUUACCGUUCCGUUUACUUCAACAGUCUACACGUUCGACUCGUGGCCCUACGGAGAGUUGGUCUGCAAAGCUUCCGAAUUCGCCAAGGACACGUCAGUUGGCGUUUCCGUUUUCACGCUAACGGCCCUCAGCUUUGAUCGAUACACGGCCAUCGUGCAACCAGUUCAAUCAUUUGUUAGCGGCCCCAAAUCAAAACAGUCUUGCAUCAUCGUCAGUCUUGUCGCCAUCUGGUUGGCAUCGCUCGGCUUGGCCUUGCCGGCCGCCAUCUUUUCGCAUUUGAUGAAACUGAGCGGAGAAAAGAUUCCGGAAGCCGAACGGAUGUGGGACGCUAACGGGACGAUAAUGGGCCCGACCCAUCGAGAAAUUCUCGUUUGUUAUCCUUUCCCCCAAGAAUUCGGCACCGUCUACCCCAAAAUUAUCGUUCUGGGUCGUUUUCUCAUUCACUACUGUCUACCUCUCCUCAUCAUUGGAACAUUUUAUGCCAUCAUGGCCCAUCAUCUCCUUCGAAGCGUUCAGAUUAUUCCCGGGCAUGCCACUGUGAGAACUCCUUCAUCCAAACGACAGCAUAGACAACCCCCAUCAGAUACGUCGGCAUCUAAUAAUGCCAACGAGCCCGUCCUUUUACUCCAGUUGCCGCAGCCCAACAAGAAUCGCAAAUCACGUCGCAAAGUAGCCAAGAUGGUGCAGUAUUUUGUGGUGUUGUUCGCCAUCUGCUUUCUACCCAUGCACGUCUUCUUCCUGUGGUUCCACUUUGACGCCAACUCGCAAAACGACUACAACAAUUUCUGGAACGCGUUCAGGAUUUUCGGCUUCGUCUUGGCCUACAUCAACUCGUGCAUCAAUCCCAUAGCCCUCUACUUCCUCAGCACCAAUUUCCGCAAACAUUUCAACCGGCUAUUAUUUUGCGGUUGGGCGCGAAAGGGCAGCAUAAGCUCGGAAAGAAUCAGGAGCCGAUCAGAACGUCACGGAGUCAAUAACUAUCCACUCAAAGAGUUUCGCGAAGAGCAUCCGCCGCUAGCGUCAGAGCGGAUGACGCCAUCCGCCUGUUGCAAUCAGCAAACGACUUGUCAUCACGGGCUAGGAGGCCAGCAGAACGUCACUCACCAUCCCAGCGUUCACAACGGAAACACGAAGCCAACGGGGCAUUGCGUGUACAUCCGUGGGCAGCCAGAAGGAUCCGCAUCGCAAAUACCUAGCAGGCCAUAAACUCAUUACGUCUGCUGAUGAUCUAAUCACUAUAGUGCAUUCAGAUUUAAAAAUUCGGCUUCCUACGGUACGUGAGCAACAGUGUAAGAUAUUAAAUUCGACUGAAAGAUUGAACCGUCAAAAUAAUCCCUCAAUGUCUCAAGACCAAAUAAUUGGUUUUAUAUGUAUCUCACGUAUCCCGACAUGCGGAUGUUAUAGCUUUGAACUCUGCAUGAAUACGUUUCUGAUUUAUUCUAACAAGAGUUACCGCUAUAAGUUUUGGAGUCUUCAAAGAAAAAGUUGCUGGCCUAAUUU